AUGGGGGGCCACGAGCACCGCCGCAAGGAUCACAAGAGCUCGCGCUCAGGCGCGUGGGAAGGUUUCGAGAAGCUCAAGAAGGCACUGGAGGGAUUGGCCACUGCCAAGGGUGUGUCGCAGAGCCGUAUUAGCGCCGUCGCCAAGUUGGCGGCGCAUUACUCAAAGUUUUACAAACACGUGGUGCACGACAUCGAAGUGUUUCUGUGGAAGGCAGAGGUGGAGCAUCGAUUAGCUGGGCUUUAUGCAGUUGACGCCAUCAUCAGACAGUCUCAUACCAAGAAUGGCUCGAAGGACGCGUACGUGAAGCGAUUUUUGAUCCGGAUGUCAGACACAAUCGCAGCGGUCAAGAAAGUCCCCGAACAGUUUCAGCCUAAGGUUAAGCACGUGAUUGAGGAGUGGCAGAAGCGCGCAAUUUACACGCCGAGACAGAUUGAAGACCUUGGUGGACGGGAAUAUAUGCUCCAGGAGGAGCGCUCGGGGAAUGUCACGCCCCGUGCCUCGCCAGGAAAAUUAGCGUCACUGCUGUCUAUUAUCAAGCAGAAGAAGGAGGAGAAAGACCACGCCAGUGACCAACCAGGACGACCUCCGUACGACGAGGCCUACGAUACAACAGAUAGACACCAGAGAGAAGACACUGCGGCAUACAACCACCGAGCUUAUGACGAACGACGAGGAACCGAUCAGCGCCAUGACCGCCGAGAUGUCGGCGGCAUUAUGGGGGAUGCACCUGGUGUUCCAGCCGGAAAUCGCAUGCGCAGAGACCCAGCCGAUCGUCCUGGGGGCUUAGAUGAUCGUGACGUAAAGAAGGCUCGCGGGUCCCGAUGGGGACCAUCUAAGAUGGACAACCAGUCCUCGAACGAUAGGCCAGCCCCAAUAAUUACGUCACUCGACAGAGACGGAGCGUAUCAUCAAGAAAGUGGCAGACCCGGGUAUGGACCCCCUCCGGGUUCAUCUCGUCAAGGCCCGUUAUUGCAAUCUCCUCAUGGAGGCCCACCGAGACACGAAGAAUGGAAUAGAAAUGCACCCCCCUCUCAUGGUUCUGACACUGGGUGGUCGCAUGAAAACGCGCGAUCGCCACAAUCUGGAGGCCUAAGUAGACAGAAUGUGAGCCCUUACGACCAAGGUGGCAUGCAACGAUCCCCAUUUUCUGGGUCCGAUGACCGACGGAGCCCUGGGAACCGCAUCCCUGGGACUUCUGGAGAGCUCUGUCGCAAUUUUCUAGCUGGCAGAUGCACGUUUGGCGACCGUUGCUGGUACGGUGAUGAUUUCACGCACAUGCACGACCCACAGACCGCUUCUGCCGCUGUCGGUCGCUCUGAAAUGGUGGACAGUAAACGCAAAACUGUGCUGUGUAACAAUUUCCCGCUGGGAAUGUGUCGCUUUGGAGAUAAAUGCAGGUACUAUUCGAUCAGUAGCAUUGACGGGAUCACUAGUCUUUUUAUUCAUUUCAAUGGACCGACUUCUGAUGGUGGACUCCCUUUGUGGGGACCUGAAUUAGACAAGUCUGCCCGGUACCCGCCGCCUAGACCCCCUGUUCAUGGUGGUGAUCAAAGUGGAAGCCGCUGGCAACCGUCGCCGAGUUUGCGACAGGGCAUGGAGCUGAUCGGCGUCUCGCCUUCUGCUAAUGCGCCCACUCCUACCUCUCAAGCUAGAUCUUAUGGAGCUCCGCAAGUAUAUAAUGAACCACACGGUGAUCGCGGCAGUAGAGGAGGUGAUUCAUCUGUGUCUUAUGCUAAUGCCGCUGCGCCAUCUCCAAAUGGGCACAGGCUCCCUCCUGAUCACCAGGCUGCCUUAGGGGCACCCCCACAAGGCUACCAGGGAGCUUAUACCUCAGCUCCGUCACCGUACGGAGCUGCUAGUGGGUCGACCUAUGCGAAUCAAGGCUCGCCGUACCCGAGCGGAGAUCAAGAUCGAAACCGCGUCCCAGGCAAUGUCCCCGUUUUACCACCCCCUGCUUCUGGUAGUCAAUCGUACGGAGACCAAAUUGUUGCUCCGACCUUCAACGCCAAGGUCGUAGCAGACGACGAUGAAGGCGAAACAGCCGAACCAGAGUUUACUCUGGAGUACGAUGACGAAGACUAA